AGAGAGAGAGAGAAAGUGAGAUUCGGCUUUAAAUGUCCAAAGUGAUAAGGAAUUGAUCCAUAUAUGGCAGAGAUUGGGGAUUGGUACAAUUUUGAUAUAGUCAAGGUUCUCUUUAAAUGAGAUGCGGACCAUAUGGUUCAUGACGUGCUUGACUUGGCAACACGCCUAGCAAAUGGGCAAUGGACUAGUCUUCAACCGUCGAAGCUCUUGCCAGUUCGAACUCCCCAUCAUAUUCCUCACCUUUCUCCUCCAUUCCACUAUAAAUAUGUGUGUGUAUAUAUAUAUAUAUAUUGUGCGUGUGUGUGUGCGAGUACUUAUCAGCAACAGCAGAUAAAUUAAGGAAAAGUCUGAGAUAUGUUUCUCUGUUUGCUGGUUCAUGUGUUAUUAGUGUUCUUGUUCUCUAGUUGUGGUACAUGUUCGAUGGGAUUGAGUGGCACCUUGCCUCGCUGCCAGGACAAGUGUGGCAACGUCAUCAUUCCCUACCCCUUCGGUCUCUCAGAUAGUUGCCACCUCCCCGGCUUCGAUAUCACAUGCGACCACACCUACAAUCCACCAAAGCCAUUCAUCAGCACGGGCAACAUUGAGAUUUUCAAUAUCACGGAUGAAACGCUCACCGUCGACUUCCUGAUUGCUGGUGGUGAUGACUGUGAAUACGGCAACACUUAUACCCAUUCUUGGACCCGCCUUGGUGGUGAUCAACAUCCCUACACCUUCUCUCAAGCCAGAAACAUGUUCGUUGCCAUCGGCUGUGACACGCUUGCUGUCUUCUAUGAUGGCUCAAAUCCUAACUCUUCCAUCAGUGGCUGUGUCUCUAUGUGCAGUGACAUGAAGAGCAUCGACAACGGGACAUGCUCUGGCAAUGGCUGCUGUCAAAACUCCAUUCCCAAGGGUCUCAAACGCUUUGAUGUUAAGCUAGACACAAUCAGUGCCAAAAUUGGUAGCUUAAAUAUCACCACCCCCAACAAAAAUAGUACCAUAACAUUCAGUCAAACGAUCACCAAAUGUAGCAAAACUUUCCUGGUGGAUAAUGAGUGGUUUCAGUUUCAAGCCUCAUUCAUCAAUUCCUUUAAUCGAACGACAGUUCCGGUUGUGCUAGACUGGGCCAUUGGAAACCAGAAAUGCGACGUGGCCAUAAAGUCCAUUAACUACACAUGCAGGGGCAACACUCAGUGUGUGGACUCUACCAAUGGCCCUGGUUACCGCUGUAGCUGCCUCCCUGGAUACAAAGGGAACCCUUACCUUCAAGUUGAUCCUGAUGGUUGCCAAGAUAUAAACGAGUGUGCUAGCGAUCAAAUGACCCACAAUUGCUCUAUGCUCUGUGUAAACACUCCCGGUAGCUACUAUUGUUCAUGUCCACAUGGUUACCAGGGAGACGGUAAAAUCAAUGGUACAGGAUGCACCAAAAAAUCCAAACUACUACAAAUUGUUCUCGGUUGUGCGUUGGGUUCCUUGUUUUUUCUUAUGGUCGGUAUUUGGUUAUCAUACUGGGCAAUAAGGAAUAGAAGGAUGAACAAGCUAAGAGAGAAGUUCUUUGAACAAAAUGGUGGAUUGCUCAUGCAACAACUGCUCUCUUCCCACAAAAUAGGAACUAAAUCCGCAUGCAUCUUCACCGAAAAAGAACUAGAGCUUGCCACAGAUAACUACAAUGAAAGCCGAGUCCUCGGCCAGGGAGCCCACGGUAUUGUCUACAAAGGAAUUCUCACAGAUAACCAAAUUGUGGCCAUCAAAAAGUCUAAAUUCGUGGACAACAACAACAACAACGAAAUCAAUCAGAAGGACCAGUUUAUCAAUGAGGUGUUCAUCCUCUCACAAGUGAUCCACAAGAAUGUGGUGAAGAUCUUGGGUUGUUGCUUUGAGACACCAGUACCACUACUCGUGUACGAGUAUGUCCCCGGGGGAACUCUUUACCAUCAUAUCCACAAACAAAGGGGCUCACUUUCAUGGAGUACUCGCUUGAAAAUCGCCACAGAGACCGCUGAUGCAUUGUCCUACCUUCACUCUGCCACUGAAAGACCAAUCUUUCACAGAGAUGUCAAGUCUGCAAACAUUCUUCUUGAUGACAACUACAUGGCCAAAGUAUCAGACUUUGGAGCUUCCAGACUGAUACCACAAGAUACAGACAACAUGACAACAAUGGUUCAGGGAACACUUGGGUACUUGGAUCCAGAGUAUCUCCACACUGGAGUGCUGACAGAGAAGAGCGAUGUUUAUAGCUUCGGAGUACUCCUUGCUGAGCUCCUAACAGGGGAGCAGUCAAUUUCAUUUAAAAGAAAAGAGGAGGAGAUGAACUUAGGCAUGUAUUUUCUUAUGAAGAUGAAAGCAGACACACUGUUUGAUAUACUAGAACCAAGAGUAAAGACUGAGGCCAAACAAGAGCAAUUGCAGGAGUGGCUGAGUUGAUAAAGAGAUGCCUUAAGAUCAAAGGGGAUGAGAGGCCAACAAUGAAAGCUGUGACCUUGGAGCUUGAGCGU